CAUCCACCAACGCUCCACCGCACGACUCUCCAUCCAUUGACACUCCAUCACCCCGCUUACGGCACGGAUAAUCCUUAAAUACCGCAAAGAUGGUUGCCAUGUACACUAUUAUGGGCCGCCAGGUCGGAUCGCACGUCGUAUGUUCUUUCCCUUAGAGGUGUACCGGAGGAAGAAAACUUUGGUGGGAGGGAGGACUGGAAGCAUUGGAUGAGUGCUUCGUGGCGCAUGCCUUGGAGGCCAUCUAUGGCGGACUUUGGGGAUCAGAGAGACGAUAUGGACCAUAAUCCCUGACAUGGGCUGACAAGUACUGUGUUUAGCUCGCAAUGGCCACCCUCGGUAUCACAUUCACCGGUGCUGCGCUCUCCAUGGGCGGCAAGAAGGCUGAGGACCCCACCACUCCCCCGAUCAACGCAAAGAGCAGCGAGGAGGAGAGCUUCGUAAAGGAGUACGUCAAGAAGGCCGCCGACAAGGUCCAAGGAAAGCAAUAAACAUGACGUUCGGACUGGAGCAAUGAUGAUAGUGGACGAGAACACGAUGCGGC